AUGGCUAAGGUAGUCAACCCCCCGCCGGGAUCGUUCAGCUUCUCGACCGAGUUCGUCGUUGGAUCGCUCGUCGCCUCCGCGGUCAUUUCGUAUGGUAUGGCAUACACCAUCCUCGCCUUGGUGCCAGAUCCGAAAGCACCCCCGCAUGCUCGAGGCAGGUGGACUGGCCGGAAGCUGGACCUGGCUUGGUUCAUUUGGUUCGUACUGCAUAUACCAAUCACCCUCUUCAUAGACUGCCAAUCCAUCUAUCCAGCAUCCAUCGUCCCCAAGUCCCUCUCGGACGUGACGGACUGGUACAACGCUUUCUCGAGGGAUCCGGUCCUCGUUGGGGUCGCAUCAAGAUCAAGAGAAUGGGCAUGGAUGAACAUCUUCCUCCAUAUGGAAUUUAUCAUCCAGCUUCCUUGCUUCAUCCUUGGCGCGUGGGGCUUAUGGCGAAAUGACAAGAGGGUAUACCCCCUCCUGCUUCUCUACGGCACCACCACAGCCACAACGGUCGUCCCGACGCUAUACUACGUCAUGACCGAGACCGCCAUCCCCGCUUACACAUCCAUCAACCGAUACACCUUCCUUGGGACCUAUGUCCCAUUCCUCCUCAUCCCAGCGGCGAUCGUGCUGGACAUGAUGGUCAGGAUCGUCAGGUUGAUUGGGAUCGCAGAGGGGCGCGGCGUAGUUGUCACCGAGAUCAAGAAGCGAUCAUGA